UUGUUCAUCUUUUUAUGUUCUUAGGUUGGCUGCAUUUAAUCUAGUGCUCAUCGACUUGACCAUUUUUUAAAAAGAUUUUAAGGGUUUAUUUUUGCAGUUGUACAUUUAAUUUGGACCAUAAUUGUGUGUUUGACAUUUGUUUAUUUUAACUUUUUUUGCAUCAGGGAAACUAAUUUUUUUUAGAGUACAGAACACGAUGAUGCAAAUUAUGUUCAGAGUUGCUCUAUUGCUCCUUCUAUUGGUGAUCUGGUGUGCUGCACAGCAGGAAGACCAACGGAAAGGCUGUGUUUGUGGAUACCCUGGAAUACCAGGGGAUCCUGGACACAAUGGCUCCCCUGGCAGAGAUGGGCGCGAUGGACUCAGAGGUGAAAAAGGGGAUACAGGUGAGGCUGGUGCUUCUGGUCCAUCAGGAGCUCAUGGCCAAAAGGGAGACAAAGGGGACCUGGGAACUGUUGGUCCAGCCGGGCUCAAGGGAAAAAGGGGUGAAAAUGGAGAACGGGGCCCUCCUGGGAAAUUGGGACCCCAAGGCGUCCAAGGACCAAUGGGUUUAAAAGGCAAUAAGGGAGAGCUUGGAUUGCCUGGACCACAAGGAAUAAAAGGUGACUUCGGGCCCACUGGACCGCAGGGUCAAAAAGGUGAAACUGGUCUUCAAGGGGACAGAGGCAUUCAAGGACCACUGGGAUCCCCUGGCAGGCCAGGGCCUAAGGGGGACAUAGGAGUCCCAGGUCACAAGGGCAGCAUUGGUUAUCGUGGGGAGAGAGGGAAUCGAGGAGAAAAGGGUGAUAAGGGCGAGAAGGGAGAUGCAGCGGUUACCUCUAAUAGCGCUUUCUCCGUGGGACUCACAGCACAAACCAAACUCCCAGCAGCCAAUGCUCCAAUCCGGUUUGACAGGAUCAUCUACAACCAGCAGAAUCACUACGACCCACAAACAGGAAGAUUCACAUGCUCUGUGGCUGGCACUUACUACUUCACCUACCACAUCACCGUCUACUCCAGGAAUGUAAAGGUGGUCCUGAUGAAGAACGGAGCAAAGAUCAUCCACACCAUGGACAACUACCAGAGCAGUGAAGACCAGGCAGCAGGGGGCACCGUGCUGCACCUGGAGAUGGGAGAUAAGGUGUGGCUGCAGGUGGCUGGAGGAGAGCUCUUCAAUGGGCUCUUUGCGGAUGAAGAUGAUGACACAACCUUCUCUGGUUUUUUAAUUUUUGCAGAUUGAUAAUCAUCACAAAUACCAUACACUUUUAUAUGCAAAGUGUGUGUAUGUGUGUGCACUUUUGCUUAUGCUAUUCUUAAGGAUUGUUUUAAAACCAAAACUUACUUUCUCAUGACUAGCACUAUGCAACUAAUGUAUAGAUGCGUUGGUUCAGGUUAUAGGCAAGGUAUAUUUUAUACUCAUUGGUUAGGUUGGAAUAAUGCUAUACUUCAGCUGGAGAAUUGAGAUUUAUAUAAAAUUAAGAGCUAAAAUUUAGCUGUGUAGUAGCCCAAAAAAGAUACUUUAGAAGAAAAAAGAUUUUUAAAAACCCAUCAAUUCACAAAAUAAAUAAUAAAAAUAUAAUUUAAAACAUAAGAGGAAAGGCAAAAAUAGAUAAAAAAGUAGCAAAAACAACAGCAACGCUCGUUAAAGUCAAAACUACUUGAACAACACUUUUAAAACACAGACAAUGGUGUGGCGUCAGUAGUAGAUAGAGACAAAGGUAAAAGUAUACAUAUACAUAUAAGACCUCGUUAUAAACCAUGUUGUGCAAUUGUUUGCUUCAUUAUGUUAUUGUCCUUUUGUCUCACGAACAAUAAAGAUUAAUUCUCAGGUA